CUGGAGCAAGUUGGCACUCUUCAAAGAAAACACUGAACUAAAGACAACCUCAUCGCAAAAGCCUCAGAAAAACAACAUUGCGUCUGGCAAACAGUUCUUCUGAAGAAAAAAAUUAUUACAUACUUCUCCACUUCUACAUUCACUCUAAAGAUGUCCAGAUUGGUGCUCUUUGUUCUGGUGGUGAUGUUGCAAGUGUGUUUGACAUUGUCCAACCCGUUGCCUUCUGCUGCUCCAGACAAUGCUGGACUUCUUGGAAGAGCACAGCAGGUGUACAGGGACACAAAGACUAAAGUUCUAAAUGUUGGCAGCACAGCUGCUGGUUUCGUUGGCAUGUACUUUGAGGACCAUCUCAAACCUGUAGCUGACUCUUACAUGGAGUGGGCUAAAGACGGUGCAAGUUCCCUUUGGGAGAGACUGAAAAGAAAAGUGCCCACCUUCAGAUCAACCCAAGAUAAAUAAGCAGAACAGACCUUUAGGGAACAAAAAGACUCCCGAUCAAACCUCACUUAAGUUUUAAGUAUACUGAUAUUGUGGAAUUAAUGCACUGAAUCAUACCACCAAUGUAGUCAUUCCAUUGCAAUAAUGCAAACAUGAUGUAAUGUAAAAAGUGCAACUAAACUGUAAGAAUGUUUCCUUUUAACACCUAACUAAUAAAAGUGCUGGAUAAUAUCAGAA